CUCCUGGCAAAGGCGACUGAUUGCAGACAGGUUGGCGUCUUCCUGCUGAAGUGCAGUCAUGUUUCUCCGGUAUUACCUCAACGAACAGGGAGAUCGCGUCUAUACGUUAAAGAAAUUUGAUCCAAUGGGACAACAGACUUGCUCUGCCCAUCCUGCUCGCUUUUCCCCUGACGACAAAUACUCAAGACACCGAAUCACCAUCAAGAAACGCUUCAAGGUGCUCAUGACCCAGCAACCGCGUCCUGUUCUCUGAGAGUUCGUUAAUUUCCUCUGCUGCCUGCCCGCAGGCUGAUUAUCAGUAACCAAAUGCAGCAAUCCGUGAGCAGGGACGCCUUCCCCGCACUGUUUGGAAUCCUAUCUCACCACGUGACUGAGUAUCGUAAUGGGCAUCUCCCGUAAAAGGAACAGUCUUAACUUUUGUUUUUCAUGCUUUGAAUUAAUGCUAGGUUAUUAAAGAUAGAAUGACUUGAAAG